CAUUUCGGGUUGGGCCACGCUUUCCCUCCAACACAGGGGGUGGAGGGGUCGCAACGCAAGUAAACAGGCUGGCUGGUUGACUCCUGACACGUUGGUGAUAGGCAGCAAUAGCGGCAGUCCAGUCAAGCUGUCCUCUUUCUUUGUCUUGUCCUGGGCGGGUGAAUACGUCGCCACAUCAUUUUGGGUCCCAUGAGGGUCAAAAAGGCGGCUUUUCAACCAGCCACCCACCCCAAAAACCCCGCCAACACCUCUCCCGACAUCAUCGGCCUGCUCUUCCGAAUUCCCCUCUAUCCAGGUACCAGCGAGUCAAGGACCUGCAGUCUCUAUAGCUUGGCCAUCCCGGCUUCCGGCAUCGCAACCUCAAACACGUCGCAAGGAACAGCUGCUAGAAGCAACUACAGCGGGCAGACGCAACAGCGGCUGCGUCUCCAGAAAGCUGCGUCGUUCGCGACCUGCCAGAGCAACGCGCCUUUUGGACAGCACCACAAAUUUGCGCCCUCCUGUCUGCCUUGGCCCCUUAUCCCACAUUGUUGCGCAAACUCCCCCUGAACAGCCAAAAGGACGAAAGGGACCUCCCUAAAUCAAAACGCAUACAUCGCCAUACACCCGCGCGUGGGCACAAACAAGCAAAGAUCGCAGCCAUGUCCUUCUUUGAAGACUUGUGGGAAUCCAUCUUUACGCCGGGCCCGACCCCGUCGCUCCUGAUCGCGACCAACAUCACCUUUGCGGCGCUGCAGGCCGUGCUCCUGGCGCUCCUGAUCGCGACCUACAGCAUCCACUUCUUCAUUCUUUCGGGUCUCUGUAGCGGCCUGUGGUGGGCCAUCAACUGGUUCGCGCGCGAGCUCCAGGAGGCCCAGAGGCGCGAGGAGCAGGACAACGCCAAGCGCGGAGGCGCACCGGGAGCCCGCGGCGCCAUUCCUGCCAGCUCGUCCGACACCGAGACGGAGAUCGAGACGGCGGCCGCCCAUGCCGCAACGGCAGCCGCAGCGGUAGCAGCAGCAGCAGCCGCGAGCAGCGAGGUCGAGCCCGUCGAAAAGGUCGGAGAACUGAAGCACCGGACCGCCCCCGCCGCCGGACCGCUCACUCCGUCCGCCCCAAGCAGCAAGUCGGGUGUGAGCACCGAGGACGAGUGGGAGAAGGUGUCGGAGAAUGAAAACGAGAAAGACCGCUGAGGUCGGGGGGUACGAGCUUUUGUUGGGUUUACGUGUGGCACUUGUCCUGGCGCUCGGGCUCUCCAGCAUUCGUUUUUGUACUGGUGGAAUUAGUCGGAGGGAGCCGGAGUGAUGGGAUCACCACAUUCUUGUGUCGACUUGUUGUAAUGGCGCAUCGCUCGAGCCACUGAAACCAUCACGACAGGACCUAGCAUUCACACAUUGUUGCAGCUUUAGACAUUCUGGCUCACACAUUGUUGCCCCUGCCUGGUAAUAACCCAACUGCGUGAGCGCCCAGCCGCAACAGCAGAAAUCACAACACCGUCCGCGCCAUGGACUAAGGAAAGUCGUGGAGAGAGCGGAACGCGCCCCAUAACGAGCGUCACUUCAAAGCCGUCACUUUAUUCCGACCGCUAACCAUAUUUCCAUUCCUGAGGUGACGUCCUCCAUAUACAUUGUAGCAGGUUAUCUGCGGUCACCUGCGUGUCUCCGU